AACACUACUCUCAUUGAGCAUGAGUGUCCCAUUCUCUCCAGUUCCCCCUAUACUCCAAUAUUAAUGGAUUGUCCGCUAAACUUUAGGACUUGUGCGGAAAUUCGUAAGGUAUCAGCGAUGGAUGAUGUCCUCGAGAGUUGGGAGCAAAUCGAGGAGUCUGGUGCACUCGACAAAAGACUGGAUGCUCUGCGAUUAAACACAGAAGAAGAAAUAGAAUCUAGGAGCGGUCACAAUACAAAUACAAGAAUGAUCAUACUAGGGGAGGAUGGACUGAGGUCUCAGUACGUACCACCAAAACCUACGGUGAAAAUCUUGAAGAGACCCACUGGAAACUCGCGAGGGAGCGGCGACGGACCAAACGAUGAUAAACCUAAGCAACCUAUCAAGUCGUUGAAGCAGAGAGAGCAGGAAUAUGCGGAAGCACGGAGAAGAAUCUUAGGGGAAGAGAAAAGCCCGGAGGAAAAACUGACGCAAGAGAUUAACCGAAUUCAACCAAAAUCGACGGUACCAAAUAACGGGAACAACGUUCCCAGCAACGUUGUUCGCAUGCCUACAGGCCCAGACGGCACCCGGGGUUUCAGCGUACGUAGGUAGCGCGUCUUCCAGGGAUCAAUUCUUUCCACCCAUCUUUUUCCUCUUCCUUGUCACUGCCAUGGCAAAGAGGAACGGCUAUGAGGCCGAUGGUACGGAAGAACCUUGCGCUCCCGGCCAAAACAUCCUUGAAACUGUAUCUCGCGGAUUAUCAUCGCGCACAGAUUUAUCUUUACGAGGAUCGAGGAAACGUGGACUCAACGAUGCCAACGUUAGACGCGCUAACAUCGCGUCGCAUUUCGUCAGUGUUUAUUACAUUUUGAAGACUCGAAAUGCAAGAGAAAACGGAUAUACAACAAAGAAAAGAUAUAUAUAAAAUAUAUAUAUAAUAAUUUUAUAUAUAUAUAUAUAAAGAAAAAGAGUUAGAGACUAUGCAAUGGAUACACGAUGUGAAAACGCAGCUUGUUUUAUUUCAUAACUUGCAAAAUAUUCGAGGUAUUUAAUAGAUUAUGUAAUAGUCGUAUUUGCAUUAUCUAAUAAAACAACUUCCUGUACAUAUA